GGCGUUAAUGUGUUUUGUGGCACAUUUGCGGAACAAAGUGAUGAUCCGGGUUUCCGAUGCGGCUCUGUGUUGCGAUGUCUUUCCGCCGUGUUUAUAAAGAUGUUGUAGCCGGAGUCGUCACACUGGGACUCGUGUUUGUCGGCGGCUAUUUCUUUGGGCGAAAGAAGUCUUCCAGAAUGAGUAUCUUCAAAAGUCACAGUGGAAAGGACAACCCGCUGCUGCAGUACGUCCUCAGUCACUCCCUGAGGGAGCAUCCAGCCCUGAAAAAACUCCGACUGAGGACGAUGGAAGAUUCCCUUAACAUCAUGAUGGUCGCCUGUGAACAGUCCCAGUUCAUGGCCAAUCUCAUAAAACUGAUCAAUGCCAAAAAAGCAGUAGAGAUCGGUGUGUACACUGGUUACAACACUCUGAGCAUUGCACUGGCUCUGCCUGAUGACGGGGUCAUCGUGGCGUGUGACAUCAGCGAAGAGUUUACCAAUAUCGGCAAACCUUUCUGGAAAGAGGCUGGAGUUGAACAGAAAAUUGAUCUCCGCAUUCAGCCAGCACUGCAGACUUUAGAUGACCUCCUGGCUGCUGGUGAGGCCCAAACAUUUGACUUUGUUUUCAUCGAUGCCGACAAAACUAAUUAUGAGAACUACUACGAGAAGUCUCUCCAGCUGCUGAGAAAAGGAGGCAUCAUUGCUAUUGACAACGUGCUGUGGGGCGGGCUUGUGUUGGACACCCAAACUAACAACGACGUGGACACCGUGGCCAUUGACAGACUCAACAAGAAGCUGCACCGGGACACCAGGAUCAGCCUGAGCAUGCUGACUGUGGGGGACGGACUCACGCUGGCUGUCAAACUGUAGAUCGGCGAUGAGUGGGUGGAUAUUGUAGAGGUAGACGUAAUCGGCAAGGCCUGUAUGUCGUAC